GGUAAGACGCGACGCGGCGGCGUGUACAGAGUAGACUGUCAAAGUCUCAGCAAGCCCAUUUCCCGGAAGCUGUGUGUUCUGAGCAAAGUUCUUGCAACUUCAGUGCUUGAACCUGCGAAUCCCCAACUAUGAGCGCCCCGGGCGUACAGUCUUUUACCCAGCAGGGCUGGGACCAGGUGCUUACCAAAGUGAAACGGGCUCUGGUCUACCUGGACGCCGCCUGCGCCGAAAGCCUGCACUGGGGCUGCGGAUCCACCCGACUCUUGGAGGCGGUGGGGGGUCCUGCGUGUCACCUGCGGGAGUUCGAGCCCGCAGCAGUUGGUGGAGGAGCUAAGCAGCCCAAGGCGGUGUUUGUGCUGAGCUCGCUACUGAAAGGCCGAACCGUGGAGAUUCUACGGAACAUCAUAUGCCGCAGUCACUUCCAGUAUUGUGUGGUGGUCACAGCCGUGAACCAUGCUGUCCACCUCACGGCUAAUCAUGUGUCAGCAGCGGCAGCUGCUGAGCUGGAGGGGCAGCAGCCGGUGUUCGAACAAUUGGAGGAGAAGCUGUGUGAGUGGAUGGGCAACAUGAACUACACCGCCGAGGUGCUGCACAUCCCGUUGUUGCUAGCCCCUGCUGCUCCCCACCUUGCCUUGACUCCAGCCUUCGCUUCCCUUUUCCCACUGCUACCCCAGGAUGUGCAUCUUCUUAAUAGUGCCCGACUGGACAAGAGAAAACUGGGGAGCCUGGGUGAAGUGGAUGCCUCUGUGCUACCCCCAGAACUGCUACUGCAGAUCAGGUGCUUGGUGUCAGGUCUCAGUUCUCUGUGUGAGCAUUUAGGAGUACGGGAGGAGUGUUUUGCUGUAGGUCCUUUCAGUCGGAUCAUUGCUGCAGAUCUGGCCAAUUAUGCUCCUGCCAAGAACAGGAGGAAGACUUCUGCAGGCAGGGCCUCAGUGGUCUUUGUGGACAGAACUCUGGAUCUCGCAGGAGCGGUGGGACAUCAUGGUGACAACUUGGUAGAGAAGAUCAUUUCAGUGCUUCCCCAGCUUCCUGGCCACACCAACGAUGUGAUGGUUAACAUGGUAGAGCUCACCUCACUGCAGAACGAAGAGGAGAACCAGAAUAUGGUUGCACCAGGCUGUCUCGCACAAUCUAAUGAUGCCGCAGCCAGAGCCCUGUGGGAAGCCUUACUGAACACCAAGCACAAAGAGGCAGUGAUGGAGGUCCGGAGACAUCUAGUGGAAGCAGCAAGCAGAGAAAACCUGCCAAUCAAGAUGAGUAUGGGGAGAGUCACGCCAGGGCAGCUCAUGUCCUACAUUCAGCUCUUCAAGAACAACCGCAAAGCUCUAGCGAAUCACUGUGGACUCCUGCAGCUUGGACUGGCCACAGUUCAAACCCUGAAACACCCCCAGACUGCCAAGUGGGACAACUUUCUGGCUUUUGAAAGGCUCCUUCUCCAGAGCAUCGGGGCGUCCACAAUGUCUGGGGUGUUACAUCAGCUGCUGCCCCUGAUUAAGCCUUCAGAUCAGAGGACCAGUGAUGACUACAGCCCCGAAGAGCUGCUCAUCCUCCUAACAUACAUUUACUCUGUCACCGGAGAACCCGCAGAGGACAAGGCCCUGGCUGCAGCUGAAGGAAAGGUGAAGAGAGCCCUGGCUCAGGUCUUUUGUGAGGAGUCCAAGUUGUCACCUUUGCUGCAGAAAGUCACAGGCUGUGACUCGUCAGCGAACCUGACACUUCACCUCGCCAAAGUCGCCAUGGAUGAACUCUUCGUUUUGCUUCGGGAUGUUGCUGGCACUCGGAAUCUCCUGAAACAGUUUAAGUCUGUAUAUGUUCCUGCAAAUCAUACCCACCAGGCGUCCUACAAGCCGUUGCUAAAGCAGGUUGUGGAGGAAAUAUUUAAUCCCGAAAGGCCAGAUCCGGUUGAUAUUGAACAUAUGUCUUCAGGCCUCACUGAUCUCCUUAAAACUGGAUUUAGCAUGUUCAUGAAGGUAAGCCGGCCUCAUCCCAGCGACCACCCCCUCCUGAUCCUCUUCGUGGUGGGCGGAGUCACAGUCUCUGAAGCCAAGAUGGUCAAAGACCUUGUGCUGUCCCUGAAGCCAGGAACCCAGGUAAUCGUGCUGUCCACGCGGCUCCUGAAGCCACUGAACAUCCCUGAGCUGAUAUUUGCAACUGAUCGGCUGCAUCCAGACCUUGGCUCCUGAGCGUCUCCUAAGAAGACGAGAUCUGCCCGAGAUGGAAAUACCAAUACUCUUAUCUGUCACCAUCAAGAUACGCCUCCACAUCCAGUGUCCCGGGUGUGGCUAAAUUUUGGUAAUGAUCGAUUUUUGUCCAAAGGGUCGAGAGAACCAGACAGUGAAGUGGUUUGGCUAGAUUCUUGAUUCUUUGAAAAAAAUUAUUUUCAUUCCCCUAAAGGUGUCAACUGUCUUUCAGCUGGCCUAAUUCAUAAUAAUUCCCAUUUAUUCUUUUUUUUUAAGAUUUUAUUUAUUUAUCUUUAGAGGGGAAGGGAAGGAGAGAGGGAGAGAAACAUCAAUGUACGGUUGCCUCUCGUGUGUCCCCUACUUGGAACUGGCCUGCAACCCAGGCAUGUGCCCUGACUGGGAAUCGAACCGCGAUCCUCUGGUUCGCAGGCCCACGCUCAAUCCACUGAGCUACGCCAGCCAGGGCCCCAUUUAUUCUUAACCCUCUAUUUGUGAUCUUCCCGAUUCCACCUGCAAGUUCAAUAAUUCUAGAUAAAUGCCUGUGGGGGAGUGAUGGUAGAUUAUAAGCCCUUUGAUCUGCAGUUGCUCAAAAAGCAGUUCGACAUGCUUUAGAAUUAUAAAUGUCAGGAAACUUUGGUUUUUUUCUCAAGAUUACGUUACUGAGGGAGGGAACAUUGCAAAUGGGGUCUGAGGCUUUGUUUCUGUCUUGAUCUGAGACAAGUUUGAGAAGGGGAGUCAGGCAGAGGGAAUGGGCUGGGGCGGGUCUGGUUGUGAACCCCCCCACCAUGACAAAGGGCCACAUUGUUCCAGCCUGGGCACUGGCAGGGCCCCCAGCCUCCUGGGAACUACAGUGGGGGCCCGUCUCUGCCUGUAAAGGGUCCCCAUCCCUCCCGAAGGAAGGCCCGGUACAGAUAUCUGGUCUCAGGGAGUCUGCAUUUGAACCCUAACCCCUGUGACUUUUGUGACUUAGCUCCUAUUGAAAUAUGAAGCUUUCUUUUCUGUAAGUCUAAAUUUUUCUUUUGGCUGUAGCAGAAAAACCUAAACCCACCUAGUGAAAUUAUAUAAGAAUUCCCGCAAAAAUUAACCCAGACAUUUGUAGGUGAGUGGUUGAUGGGAAUUUCUAGCAUCUCUAAAAGGUGUUUGUAGAAAGAGAUAAAGCUGAAACAAUGUCUAGUGUGGAUUAAACAGGGAGAGGAAAUAAAAUGUAAAUCAAAGUAUUUACAUCUCUCAGUUCUCAACAAAUCACUGUCAUUUUAUGAAGAAACUGUGAAGUUGGAAAUCAUUCUGGGAUGUAAUCACAGCAGGUUUUGUAGAACUGACUUUUUUUGUCCAAGUGUGUUCUCCACCUCACACCAGUUCUUUUAUGGUGCUCAGUAUUGGACACCUCGGGCUCCUUCCAUCAUGCUAAUCCAGAAGUCUGCGUUUGAAUGAGAAAAUGGCACUACCCAAAAAGAAAUGAUCAUUGAAGAAGAAAUCAUUAUUUUCUACAAUAAAAAAAAUUAAGAAGUAACCUGCUGUGUGUCUCAAAUCUG